CAUCUGCAUUACGUUGGAACACUUAUCAACGUAGUCAUCACCUGUUAGAAUUAGAGAGGUCUGUGUUCUCUCCCCUGUAUUAACUUCCCAGAAUUCUUAUUUAUAAUACUUACAGGACUUUGCAACAGAAACUGUAGAAAGAAACUUUGGAGCUGCGUAGUGCUUUUGCGCUUGCGUGAGGCAUUAAAGCGUGGUAGACGUGUUGUUCACUCUGCCUCUGGGGCACAAAAACACGCUGUGACAGCAGUUAGGCCUCAGUCGGAACGAUGGCAGGCAGGCUGCUGCGGGACCCGGAUGCGGAUGGCUGGGAGCGCUCGGAUAUGCCCAUUGUUUGCGAGACGUGUCUAGGCCCCAACCCGUUCGUCCGAAUGCAGCGGAUCGAGUUCGGCGGCACUUGCCACAUUUCUGGCCGUCCCUACACAGUGUUCCGCUGGCGUCCGGGCAACGACGCAAGGUACAAGAAGACCGUUAUUUGCCAAGAGGUCGCAAAAGCAAAAAACGUCUGCCAGGUUUGCCUGCUAGACCUGGAGUACGGGCUGCCAGUCCAGGUCCGCGACACGGCGCUGGGCAUCCAGCCCGACGACGAGCCGCAGUCCGACGUGGGCAAGGAGUACAAGCUGCAGAUGCAGGCAGCGGAGGGCAGCAACGCCUCUUCCUUCACCACCAGCCGCCCCAAUGAGCUGCUGCAGAAGCUCCAGCGCACCGCGCCCUACUACAAGCGCAACCAAGCGCGCGUCUGCACCUUCUUCGCGCGCGGGCAGUGCACCCGCGGCGCGGAGUGCCCCUACCGCCACGAGAUGCCCCCCUCCAACACCGAGCUGGCCAACCAGAACUACAAGGACCGCUACUACGGCGUCAACGACCCGGUGGCCAACAAGAUGCUGCGUCGGGCGGAUGAGAUGAACAAACUCACACCGCCGGAAGACACCUCCAUCACCACGCUGUACCUGGGCGGGCUGGACCCCGCCAUCAGCGAGGACGACAUCCGGGACGCAUUCUACGCAUUCGGGGAGCUGGCGGGCGUAAGAAAGGUGGACGUCAAGAACUGCGCCUUCGUGACCUACACCACCCGCUCGGCCGCGGAGAAGGCCGCGGAGGAGCUCACGGGGGCGCCCACCAUCAAGGGCAUCCGCUGCAAGCUCAUGUGGGGCCGCCCGCCGCCCGCACCGGGCGGCAACCGCCCCGCAGCCGCAGACCCCAUGCAGCCCUCCACCAGCGGCCGCCCUGCCCCCGGACCCGUGCCCCCGCACGUGAUGGCGGCGAUGGGCGGCGCCGCACCCGCCCCCGCGCCCUCCGGACCCAACUUCUUCAACCUGCCGCCGCCCGGCGCCUACUACCCCAGCAUGGACCCGCAGGCCAUGGGCUCGCGGAUAGCCUCCUCGGCGCAGCAGCAGCAACAACAACAGCAG